AUGUCUGCGAUCGAAGUUUUGGGCAAGUUUGCCAAGUUUAUUGGGCCAGGAAUCUUAAUCAGCGUUGCAUAUAUGGACCCUGGCAACUAUUCUACCAGUGUGUCGGGCGGUGCCCAGUUUCGGUACCAGCUGCUAUUUGUGGUGUUCAUCUCGAACAUUUUCGCUGUGGUUCUGCAAUGUCUGUGUGUGAAGUUGGGUACUAUAACAGGCCGGGAUCUUGCCGAGAACUGUCGUCGACAUUUGCCUCACAAGCUGAACGUUGUGAUUUUUGUGUUUGCAGAACUUGCCAUCAUUGCCACGGAUUUGGCAGAAGUGGUCGGUACAGCUGUAGCACUGCGAAUCUUGUUCAAAAUACCGCUAUUGUGGGGUGUUGCAAUUACAAUACUGGAUGUCCUCGCCAUUUUGGUCUUCUACAAGCCUGGAGCACAUUCUUUGAAACAAGUGCGUUUGUUUGAAAUGUUUGUGACCACUUUGGUCGCAGCUACCGUGGUUUGUUUUAUCUUGGAGCUUUUCAAAGUGUCUAUACCAAACAAACUUGAACUUUUCAAGGGCUACUUCCCAUCUACUAUUAUCCUUGAGGAUAACCAGGCAAUGUACAUAUCAUUGGGCAUCUUAGGAGCCACCGUCAUGCCACAUUCGCUUUUUUUGGGCUCCUCCAUCGUCAAACCCAGACUACAUGACUACGACUUAAAGCAGUAUGGGAAAGUUAACCUCAAACCUUCUCUUGCGGCCAUCAAGUACACUCUCAAUUAUUCAUACGCCGAACUCAUCAUUUCUUUGUUCCUCAUUGCAACUUUUGUCAAUUCAGCAAUUCUUAUCGUUGCCGCUGCAACUUUGCAUGGACAGCCCGAUGCAGCAGACGCUGAUCUGACAUCGAUCUUCCAACUAUUGAGCCACUACAUUUCUCCUGCUGCAGGUUUGAUUUUUGCACUCGCAAUGCUUUUCUCAGGCCAGUCUGCAGGUGUAAUUUGUACUAUGGCAGGCCAAAUCGUUUCCGAAGGUUUCUUGAAAUGGACUCUCAAACCAUGGAUCACUAGGCUCACCACUAGAUUGAUAGCUAUUGUACCAUGCUUCUUCGUUGCUGCAGCACUCGGUGAAAAGGGUGUUUCCAGCAUCUUGAAUCUGAGUCAAGUCGUGCUGUCGUUGAUUCUACCUAUUGUGUCCGCACCUCUUAUUUACUUCACUUGCAACAGUAAAAUCAUGUCCGUGGACGAAAGCAGACAACUAGGCCCAGAAGAAUACGAGCCGUCCGAGACCACAACAUUGACCACAAGGUCCAUCAACAAAAUCAAUUAUGCGAACAGCAGAUGGCUUGCCGUUACGUCUAUCUUGAUCUGGAUCAUAAUCAGCGGCUUGAACUGCUACCUUGUUAUUGCAUACCUAUCAGGAGCAGACGUUCAUUUCUGA